UUAAAUAUCGAUGAUUAAGUUGACUUAAAUUCAUCCAGUAUUCUAUAGAAAUCAAUGACUUUACGCAAACACUUGUAGAAUUUGUAUAGAAAACUGAACUUUGUUAUAAAAGUAACAAGACACUAUCUCGUAACUUCAAUCAAUUUUCCAUUUGUCAAAAUUUGACAACACCGUUUAUCUACCUGUUUUUCCCGUUAUUUUUUAUUUAUAUUAUAUCCAAUUUAAACGUGACAUUCUCUUUAACGUUAGACUUUAUCCGUGCGAUAAAAAUGGAUGAUCCUGACAAUACUGGAAACAAGUUGGUUUCCAAAAUACUCAAUAAAAUUUCAUCGAUUUAUAUUCGCUUUCCUUUUCUCAGAAUCCAAGAGGCUUUCGACAAAUUUUUCAAAAUGCUCAGUAUUGAAGAGCAAUGCACGGAAGAAUCUCUGAUGCGUCUGCACGAAGCCUUUCUAGUAGACAAUAUUUUUAAGAAUGACUAUAGAAAUUACCAGUCUAUUUAAUAAAAUUAUUUUUACAUGGUGCUAUCAACGUGUAGACCACGCCAAACAUGGAAAUGGGUAGACCCGAAUUGUACGAUGCUUUUAAAAAUGUACUGAAUAUCAGCAUGCCUCAGGACGAGUUUGAUGUCCUGUUCACAAAAAUGGAUUUUAAAAGAGAUGAUAAGAUAACUUGGCAUGAGUUCGUUUCUUAUUUAUUACUGGAGUUUCAAAGAAAAGACACAGCCUUGCAAUGGCAAAUAUUAAGACUACCAAUAACUGGUGCUCCUCAACUUUUGAACUCCCAUCACCGCACUGCUAUACAUAAAAUCUUGUUCUGCCCCGAUGUUUUACCGGACAGAAGCACGACCUUUCAUAGAGGAUCUUAUUUAACAAUAACUAAAGAAGGAAACAUAAAUUACUGGUCUCUGGAUUUGGAAUAUGAACGUAGCGCGCAGUCUACAAAUCCUUGCUUGAAAGUUCAGCAAACUUUGAUCACCGAUGUAAUAGUCAUGCCCGACAUUCAAAUAGUUUGUACUAGUUCUACUGAAUAUGAUUUACGAUUCUAUGAUACGGUAGCAAAGAAAUUUGACCUCCGAAUAAUGAUAUCAGGCUUGGAGAACGCAGUCAUCUGCAUGGAUUAUUACUUCAGUAAAAAUAUUAAAGAAGACUCGUACAUCGUGCUUGGAGACAUGAGCGGUUCUGUAAAAAUUAUGUUUUUUAAUCCUACAGAAAGAGGACCGUUUAAACAGGAACCGCAACGUGAUACUCUGUUCAUUCGUUACGAUUCUGUUCUUAAGGGUGAACUGAAAGGAUUGAAAGUCUUAGAAUUCAAGAACGUCCAUUCAGACUGGGUGAAACAGGUUGCCUAUUAUGGAAGUGUAAGAGCGUUCAUGUCUAGCAGCAGAUGCACAGCUUGCUCAUUAUUGUUCAGUGAUCUAACUGGAGCAAGAACGCAAUACAGAUUUAAAGUCAACAUGGGUAUAUCUUGUUUCACAUUCUGCGAAGAGGCUCAAUUGUUGGUAACUGGUGGACCGGAUUGCAUAGUCCGCGUUUGGAAUCCCUUCGUCCCUCGACGAGCGAACAGCAUCUUUCAAGGUCAUCGCGCAACUAUUUGCGCCAUAGUUAUGCAAAAUGCUGGUAAACGUGUCUACUCUCUUUCCAAAGAUAGAUGUAUCAAAGUGUGGGAUGUGUUAGCUCAGUCUUGUAUCCAGACGUACAAUGGCCUCCCUAGUGAAUUAGGUGAGAAUAUAACGAUAACUGUGGUAUAUAAUACGUUAAACCGCAAAAUGAUCAUCGCUAGUGCAAUGAUCGCGGUCAUCGUUUGCGAUCCUGUGGUCAACGAGGAAACAUCCGACGGUUUUACUCACGCGAAACCCGUCAGCUGCGUCCUGUACAAUAAUCUAUUCCGAGUGGUAGUCUCUACUGGAUUAGAUUCGUGUAUAAUAGUCUGGGAUCCAUGGCUUGGAACUCGACUGUACUUGGUCACUCAUGCCCACAGCCGAUAUUUGUAUGGUCAAUAUCAGGAUGUUGAGAUCACUGCAGGAUGUUUCGAUCCAACGGAUCAAAUGUUAGUAACGGGUGCUCGCGAUGGGACAUUAAAAAUAUGGAAUUUUAACACAGGCACAUGUUUACGAAAUAUGGCCAUUGAGAUGCAAAGCGAAAUAACGAGCGUAGUUUGGCUGGAAAAUCGGAUUCUAUGCAGCAGUUGGAAUCGUCAGGUGGUGGAAUUUGCUACCUCCGAGUCGGAUGUGUUUAAAAAAAAUUGGGGCAUAAUACACACCGACGAUAUUCUUUGCUCAUGCAUGUGGUAUCCUCAGGUGUUGGCUACGGCCACUUUUAACGGGGAAAUAAUACUGUGGAGAUUAGAGACUGGCCAAGCAUACCGGAAAUAUAGAGUAAAUCAACCUACGGCCAGAUUCACCAUAAGAUAUCACGGGAGAGCCCAGAUGAAAGAUACAGCUAAGCCGAAGGAAUACGUGAAGCAGCAUAUGCCAUCCACUUUGAGUCUAGACAAGCCAAUCUCCAAGCACCAAGAAUCAGCGCUAACUAUCACACGAAUAGUUGCUGUUCGAGCUAUGAUAUUCUUAACUGCCCGGCCGAACAAACCAGAUGUUGGUACAUUAUUAGUUUCCCUCGACUCGGGUUUGAUACAGGUAUGGAAUCAUCAUCCUGCCGGAGGAUUUUUACAAGCUUUCUCAGUCAUUCAUACCGUGGAAGAUUGCGCGUUAGCAUUGGCAACAGAUCCUGAGAAUCGUUUCCUCGUAACAGGACACAACGUAGGAUAUUUUAAAGUUUGGUACAUCGCAAAUUACUUAAUAUCGAAUGCUCCAAAGGCAUGUAUACCUUUGCUGCGAUUAGAAUUUCCGUUUUUAUGGAAGGAGAGAAUUGUUGGUAGAGCAAAAAGGGCUGUAAGAGAUCAACCGCUACCAAUCUUGCUCACAUCCGUUCGCGGACACUUGGCAGCCGUUACGUCCGUCCAAGUAAUACCGGAUGCGCACAUUAUUAUUAGUGGCAGUAGAGACCACACGGUGCGGUUGUGGACAUUCGAUGGACGUUACAUCGCGACCUUCGGAACCUUCAGAACUUGGUCACCGAUUGUACCAACAAUUCCAGCGUAUCAGUACUUUACAAACUACAGAAAGCCUCCAGAUAUCAAAAGAUUUGCCAGUUCAACCACGUUAAGAGUUCUCGACGGAGGUACGAUACGACCGGAAUCCGACACAGACAUCUUAGCUGGUGUAAAAGUAAAACCUGAGGAAAAACCCACUAUAGUGGAUGGCAGAAGAUUGACUGUCAGCGUGAUGGAUAGAUCAGUGUUGAUGAUAUUCAGAGAUUAUCCGAUCUUGGACACGUCUCUACCAUACAUACCUAUAUACACGCAUUUAAAACUAAGACCUUUGGAAGUCGUACAAACACCAAAAUUACCACCACUUCUACAUGGACAUAAAGAGCUAAAGUAAACCAUGCAAUUUAA